UUCCAUUGUGAAUUUGUCAUUUGUCAUUUGUUAAAGAUGCACGUGUUAAAUGUAUGAAUUAAAAAUAUAGGUUAAAUCAAAUAUUUUUAAUAGUUAUUAAUAAAUACUUAGUUAAGAUGGUUAAAUCAAAGCAAACAGUAUCAAAUGAACAGAAAGCCACGAAGGUUGAUUUUAGUGAACAAAAACUUUAUUUUAGGAAGUUAAUAAAAGAAUCACAUUCCACAGUACCAAGAGGAAAACCAAAAUCCGGUAGAAUUUGGAAGUCUGAACGAAAGAAAUUCUCGUCUGUAAUAAAAACAAGAGGUAUCAAAAGCUCAUUUGAGAAAAAACAGGAAUUGAGGCAAAAGUUGAAACAAAUAAAAGAAUUGUCAAAUGCUAUAAAAGCAGAAAAACAGGAAGAGAAAGAAAAGAAAAAAGAAAGAAGGAGAGCUAAUUUGAAACGUCAAGAAGAAAACAGAUUGAAAUCUGAAGUUGUACAAGUAAUUACUAAUACAAAGAAAUUGAAGAAGGCCAAAAAGAAACACUUGAGAAAUAUUGAAAAGAGGGAUACCACAGUUGUAUCAAAGUAAACAGGUUCAAAUUUGAUUUAAAUUUUGUACUUUUUUGUGAUUAAAUUUAAUGCCAUUAAAAGUAAAAAUUUAUAAAAUAGAAUGGUACUAAAUUUUUCCUACUCUUGGAACUUAUGUGAUUAGGAAAUCUUGUAUAACCAAUAAAUAUUUCAAACAAUAGCUUUCUAAAAAGAUUACAUUUCAAAUCAAUUCACUAAUUUUCUAAAUUGUUAUCAAUAGCUUCAGAAUUGUUAGGAAUUUAUUCAAUGUUUGAGUGUCACAUUGAAUCAAUUUUUCAUCCAUUCCCAAGUUUUAUCAUAUUCUUGCUAGGAUUGAAAUUAAACACAAAUUUAAUUAACUGUUUAUUUUCUUCAACUUUUUUACUUCUCGGACGUUUUUAUAAGAGAUCUAGAAUCAAGACAAUUCACCACAAAAACAUUCAAGUUGGAAUUUCUGUUACUGUAGUUUCAACAUACAAAUGACAAAAAUAUUCAACUUUAGUUAAACAUAUAGUUGUUUGUGACAAAUAAAGCUGGUCUAUGAUAAAACAUGCCUUCACAUUAAUUUUGAAUUGAUUACAAAGUGAUAUAGAGCUAGUUCUCAUUGUGACCUGUAAAGUAAUAUAUUAGCUUCAUUCACUAUUACAAUCAAAACCACUUUAAUAUCGUUGUAAUAGACAUGUUCGAUUAUGAAAUUGUUCAUUGUUGCAGACAAAAUUUACCUCUCACUAAUCAAAACUGUUGAAUAUUUUUAUUAUUUGUGUGUUAAAUAUGAAAUUUGACAAACACUUCAUCAAUAAAUAGCUGAUACCAGUUUACCAUUUUGAUGAAGAGUUUCAUAGAUUUUAUGUGACUCACCAACAUGAAACUUACUAAAAAGUCAGAAGUAAAAGAACCAAGUACAACAAUUUUGAUAUUGCACUUGUACUGUCUCUGAUCUGGUGCAGAAUCAAACCCACAAAUAAAACUAAUUACUAAUUGGAAAGUUUCACCAAUUCAUAUGCAUGUUGGAAUAUUUGGAAGCAAUUUAUCUUUAUUUGUAUUCAAUCAUUUUUGUUGAUUAAUUUGUCCUUUUCAUGUUAAAAAUUGUUUUGGUAAUCACAUCUUUUGGGGUACAACUCUUCUAUGACCUUCACAUAUGUCAUUUCUAGGGUCAUUCUGAACAUGUCCAUGUAUAUUUAUAUAGGGCGCUCAUGCCAUAUUUUUUGUUUUCGUUAAAAACUUCGUAUUUUCAAAUGUUUCAUAAUGUCUGAUCCUAUAUCCCACUGUUCCCAUCAUUCUAGUGAGUAGAAAACUAACCUAACCUAAGAUAGAAUUCUAUCUUAAUUUAGGUUAGAACUUUUGACCUUGACAUACACGUAUUCCGACCUAUUGACGGCCUUUUUUACUGAAGUUGCUUGUCCAUAUUCUUUAUCCAACAAAACGCUCCACCUAAACAUUUUUUUAUCUUUUGUUAUAUCUACCCUGCGGUGCCUCGUCGGGAGCCUCCAUUUCGUAUAUUUGUUAUCAACAUUUCACUCCCUACCACAUUUGCCAAGGUCAUAGGAAAGUUGUAUCCUAAAAGAUAAAAUUUCCAUUGUUUUUUAUCAUAAGUUAUUCAAUCAAACCAAAAAGCAGUUGCAAGAAAACAAAAGGAGUAUUUGAGUUGAAUUGAAUAUUUGAUAUAAUUUUUUUUUGUUCAAGAUAUAGUUGAUAGAAAAAGGCACAAGUGUUUGCUUAUCUUGAAAUUUUGGGAUAGCUCGUGAUAAUGGAAAGUUUUUGCUCUGACUAUAACAGAGAAGCUUAUCGAUUAGAACACUUGAGGAACUGAGAUAACUAAAGAACAAUAUUUGAACUAGUUUGGUUUAAAAAUAUAUUGUUUUGCAUCUAAAAAAAAUUUACAUUCUAAAAAUACCAAAUUUAGUAUCUGGAAUAUCUUUAUUUAAAGUAGCUGCUAGACUUAAACCCAAAAUUUUUCUUGUAUCCUUUGGAUCUAUGAUUCCAUCAUCCCAAAGCCUAAAAUAUAAAAGAAUCAAAUGAACACAUAUAUAAACAAUUGAAUAAACUAGUAAGAAAAGUUAAUUCCAAAUAUUUUUUUCACUGAGUAUGUGAAAAAGGAGAAAAGCCUUAUCCUAAAGUUCGAGAGUGAAUAACGUACCUUGCAGUGCUAAAAUAAGGUGAAGCUUCAUUUUCAAAUUUUUCUAAAAUGGGCUUUUCAAAAGUUUUUUUUUGUUCUUCAGUCCAAUCUUUUCCAUAACUGGCAAUUUGAGAUAGUACUCCAGCAGCUUGUUCACCUCCCAUCACUCCUAUCUUUGCAUUGGGCCACAUGUAAAGGAAUCGAGGAGAAUAUGCCCUUCCACACAUACCAUAAUUACCAGCUCCAUAGGAUCCCCCGAUUAUUACUGUGAUUUUUGGAACUUUAGCACAAGAAACUGCUGUUACUAGUUUGGCUCCAUUUUUGGCUAUACCACCCAUUUCUGCUUGUCGACCCACCAUAAAACCUAUUGGACAAAUGACAACAUUUUAUACGAGGUGUGAUUAUUAAGUAACGAAACUAGCGCUGCUACAGAAAAAGAAUUAAGCAUGCGCCUAAGGUUAACGUCUGCCAGCUGUUUAGCCUAAAGCCUACUCUUUUGAACUCAAUGUCUACCGUGUCUAUAGAUAAAUCAGUGUAGCCGUCGCCUUCGUUUGUUUAUUUGAUUCGCCUUAAAAAUGAUCGUGGUAACAAUAGGGAAACGGAUUGUUGUGAAAUUUCACAUUAAACUUGGUAAAAUUGAAAAUCAUAAUUCAUUGAAACAAUUGAAUGGAAAUGAAUGUUUUUUGCGUUCACGUGUUUUUAAGUAGUUGUAGUGUUUUCAAGAUGGCAGAUUUAAACAACAAGAAGCUCGCAAAAAUAUUUGUAUUUACAUUUUGAAUGCAUUUGAAAAUGACUCAAACUUAUUUGAGAACAUAAUAAUCAAAUGUGAAUUAAAAGGAAAGAUUUGAGUCUGUUGAAAAAAAAACUUCCUGCACUGUUUAGAACAAUGGAAGAUUCCCAUGAAGCGAUGUAGGAAUAGAGGAGAUGUAUGUAUCGAAAGUGAUAAUAAAUAAAUGUAGGAGGAAGCAGCCUUAAGUUCGAUUCACACAUAUCCCUGAAAAAGAGUUUGCUCGAGUCACUUUUCUCCUUUUAGUUUACUAAGAAUUUCGCCAGCAGAUAUUUUUUUCCACUGAAGGUCACGGUACGGUACAUCACGUCAUGGCACGGCACGGAUAUAUAUGAAUCGACCUUAAGGCCAGCAAUAGCAGUCGGGAAUAAAACGCAGACGGCAAGGGUUACGCAAUUAAGACGAUUUCCCGCUCAUUUAACGUAUCAACCACAUAUACCAACAAAACCCUAGACAACCAAAAAAUCCCCAAAUAAAAUGCUUUAUAUCACCUGUCUCAUUUAAGCUACACCUCAUAUAUGAAUAAUUAAUAUUUCUAAUGUCUUUAUCAUUGAAUGAUAUCACCAGUUAGUUUAACAGUUUCUUGUAUAAAGAAACUGAUUUAUAGAAAAUGUUGUACUACACCAAGGGUUGUACAUUACAGUAGAACCCCUCACGUCCGCCCUCGACUGGUCUGCCACUCCGGUUAAUACGAAUAGUAUUAUCGAUAUGAAUAAUUUGAAAGUACAUUCUGAUUUUCCAAUUCAUAGUAGAUAUAUGAAAUUAAUUGCUGGUUUAAUAUUCCCCUUAUAGCUUGUCCGUUUAAGUACUCCUACGUUACUUUUUCAUUGAGUGAAAAAUUACAAAGACUCAACAAAGAGGUAUCAUUCGAAAAAAUUGCUAAGGAACUCAAUAUAAGCUUUACGACGAUUAAAGAUUGGAGAAGUGAUCGAAAAGACAUAUACAGUGACAAUAGAUGGUGAAAACGCUUUUAAAAAUCGCAAAACAUUGACAAUGCAUUGUAGAUGUGAUUUUGCCAAGAAAAAAGGAAA